CCUCCCCAGGAAGAUUAAAAUCUUUGAGACGCAAAAGAAGGCAAGUGCAAGAGGGAUGUGACACUUGUGGCAAACACAAUUCUUUGCAGUGAUGUGCAAAAACACACGCACCUGGCCAGAUGCAUUUAGACACACAAACCUGCAAAUCCCAGAAGGCCAGACCUGUCUAUACAGUGAAUCAGCUCCAGGGCUUAUGAUCUUUCCAGCUCACAGACAGCACGGCUUCAAGGCUUCCUGCAUACACCAAUGCCCUGGUACCUCAUCUGGGGGGGGGGGGGGGAGAAUGUUUCGCAGAUAUACUGCCAGUAGCCUGGCAGUAUAUCUCCCCCUCCACCUUGUCUCCACCUUCCCUCCAACACUUCCCAUGUGCAGAGGCUGUGUGGGAUCCAGGAACAGUGGGGGAGUGCCUUGCAGGUGGCUAACCUCCCUUCCCUAGAGAAGAGGGGAGAUCCAUGCACAGUGGGUCCUUUCUAGGUGCUCUCAAGGUGACAAGCCGGCCCAUGCUGAUUUCCAGUCAUGGCCAUGAAAAUAUCCCUCUCACCAAAGUAAAGACUUGCCCAGUUGGUCAGGUGCCUCAUUCAGGUUUUGUUUGCCUUCCUCCAAAACGUCGGGUAUCGUCGUAUCAUCAGAUCAGACGGACCUAUCAUCUGUUCUGGUGUGGUGUCCUUACCUCUCUGCAUAAUGGAGUCAGCCCUGCUCCCAUAAAGUCCAUGCCAAAACCCCCGUUGACUUCAAGGGAUGCAGGACCGGGACCAAGAUAUUUAGGGCUCAGUCUCUCUGGGCCAGAUCCAGUGCCCAUUCAGGUCAAUGGGAGUCUUUACAUGGACAUCAAUGGGUGCUGGAUUAGGUCCAGUAAUUGUCCUUAUAGGAGAAUUCUUGCACCUUCCUAUGAAGCAGCCGGUACUGGCCAUUGUUGGAGGUGAUGGAUGUGCGGGAGCUCAGAGGACAGAGAAGGGCAUGAAGGCGGAGCCCUAUGGAGAGCCCAACAGUGCAGCCGUACGUUGACGUGGACAAGGGGUUUGCCAUUGGGUUUGUCAUCCUGAUGUGCUUCUUCCUGAUGGCCAUGAUUGUGAGGUGCGCCAAGCUUAUCGUGGACCCGUACAGCGCCAUCCCCACCUCCACGUGGGAGGAGGAGCAGAUCAAUUGA